AGAAACCUAACAUACAUUACGAUCUUUGGAAUUUUUGAAUUUUUGAAUGAAGAUGAUAUUUUUUUUUAUUCAUAUUUUGUAUAUUUUUAAUGAAUCUGCAUGCUCUUUUUCAUUUCGAUCUGACACAUAUGAGGUAUUAAAAGGAAUCAAAUUGUUGAAUACUUAUUACACAUUAUCAUUAAAUCAUAACAGUACGAAUACAUGCGCAGUGUACUGUUUAGCCGACAUAGCAUGUGUUUCAGCGAAUUACAACAUGGUGACAACGCAAUGUGAACUAAAUUCAAAAGGUCCUCUAGAUGAAUCAGCCAACAUAGAAGAAGAUAACGAAUGGAGAGUGUUGUAUUCAAAAGGGGAUCUACCACCAAGCUCAUGGGAGUUGAUAUUCAGAGGGACUGCAGGAAUUGGUGUAAAGAUAUAUGACUCGUACGUCGGUACAAUCUCACUCCCCACCCAUGAAGUUGGAUGUCAGUUACCUGUUACCCAUAACUUGACUUGCACUACACAUUACCGUGAUCCAAUUUUAGACAUUUGGAGUUCACAAAGCAUUCUCAAGGUAAAAGUAGCCAUGUACAAAGAUAGUGUAAUGGUAAUGAACAUGGUUUUCAACAAUACAGAUAAUGGAUUGAAUACAGACUGGUACAGUCCAGAUCAACUUAUUUAUAGUUCGUAUACUGACAUGACAACAGUUGGAAUCACAUACAACUACUUCAGUAUUCAAGGUGAUGAAGCGGUAGAACGAAGAUUUUAUAUCAACAACAAUUACAAUGGAUGUCCGUUUGAUAUGGGAUGGAUAGCAGUGUUUGAAUUUGGUUUUACUUGCUCAUAUGAGAUAGGAUUGCAGUAUCCUGCUUUUGCAUACAUGCCAAAUAAUAUUAUGGGUCAAUGGGACCUUAAAGCUUUCCAGUUUGCAGACGCAUUAGCAAUUUACAUACAAAGUAACUAGCCAUGUAUGAGUCAUAGAGGAACAACAGUUUAUUUCGAAAACAAAUACUAAUAUAUAACCCAUAUUGUUUAGCUGCACAGAA